GACUAAUUGCAGUUUGUUACCCGUUUUAAAGUGCAAAUCCCAAUUCUGGGGGUGCUGGUUCUUCUUUUCCGGAUCUUGGUCUCUUCUUCCUUGGCUGAUUCGCUGACGAAUACAUAAUCGUAUACAUUCAUCUUUUUCCAGUCUUUGUGUUCACUCCUCUUGGACACACACAUACACAUUACAUAUACAUAUACAUAUACAUAUACAUACACAUACACACACGCACACACACACACACACACACACUCGUACAUGUACAAUUGCCAAUGAAAUUGUACAACAAACGAAACAUCUUUUUGAUUGAUUGAUUUCCCCAACUUUUGUUUUUUCUGAUUGUGCUACGCUCCUACGUUCGACCAUAAAGAGGGGAAGCACAGGUUCCAGGUUUAUAUAUCCGUCGUCGCAUUUCGACCGGUUUCGCGUUUUCUUCUCCCUACGGUCCUCCAUCUCGAACGUCCACGACGGCGUGCGUCCUUUGCGGGAUCGAAAGCGAAGGCAAGACACAUUGCAUACCUGCCUCCCUGGCUCCAUUACCUCCCUCCAUCCAGAUAUAUACACACACUCUCUCUCUCUCUCGCCCCGGGACUCCACCCACUUGCCUUUGGGCUAAUUGGAAAUUUGGAACGAAACGAAACGGAAUUGAAUCUCCAUUCGAAGAUUAUACAAGUAAGGGCCCCCUUGUUCAGAUUUCAAUUUGUGCACGUCCAUCUCCCGUACCUUCACACCCACACCCACAGCCAGAUCCAUCGCCAUAUCCACAUCGGCAUCCACACCUGCGACCCCUUCACCAUCUUACAUCCUGACAUCAACAUCCCUCCCUCCCUGCUCCCUCUGCUCUGCCCUUUGCCCUUUGCCCUUUACCCUUUUUACCCUUUCCGCUUGGCUUUGCUCUGAGCCCUUUACCCAUUGCCCUCGACCCUUCCUCGCUGCCCUCCUUGUCACAUCCCUCCCCUUCUUUGCUUUGUCGUCCUUCCCUUCCCUUCCCACGCCCCCUCGCCCUCGGCCAAUCAGCACAGCAGAGUGUUCCACAUCCCCUUCACAAUCAUCUUAGUUUACUUGGUCGCAAUUCAAAAUACCCCCCCGGCGCUCGUUAUUAAUUAUCCUGGCCCGCAGACCCGCUAAAUCGAAUCUUUACUCUUUCCUCUUUACCCCGAAACUCGACCAUUCUUUCCAUUUAAUCGGCAAGAAGAGCGUGUGGACGGACGUUGGGUGCAUUGGCGUUGCCAGUAAUAUACUAUCGUGAACCUCCUCCCUCUCUCUGAUACUCGAUAAUACAUCGAACAUUUGCUUUCCCAUCUACCGUCAAAGCUUCUCUCACACCUUAUACCUUGCCUUCCUCGUCGGCUCGAACAUUAUCAAUCACCACCACCACCACCACCACCACGCCAACAUCCUCACCCACAUCACCCGCCUCCCUCGCCCAUAUUCGUCCCGCCCGAAAUAUCCAUACGUGCAUUUUUUGAUUUAUCCAAAAAGUACUUUAUUACACUUUCAUCCUUCAUACUUCUACCCGCACCAUCCCCAGCAGCAGCAGAAGCCAGAAGAACCCUCUAUCUACCAGACCUCGUCUUACUUCUGUAUUGUCACUUCCAUUUUAAAGUUGCCUUUAAUAUACGAGUGCUUUCCUUGGAAUCAGUUGAUGAAUGACAAAAUUAAAUUGACAUUCAUCAUUUUCUUUGGUCGGAGCUUCAUCGGCAGGAAAGGUGGAUAUGGACAUGCAACUUACACCUGUGUCAUCAGAGGAGGCGAUCUUCGAAUGGUCAGAUACUUCAACUAGCCCAGAUCGAGACGACGUCGAAGAAAUUAUACGACAAACACAAGGCGUGCGAUAUAGUCCCAGGCAACCAAGAGUUGUACGUGCACCAACCCGUCGACGAGUCCGAAUUGACGAAUCGUGUGGUGAUUAUUCAAUUAAUUUUCAACAUUAUAAAUUUGGAAGGGUCGAAAUGAGAGCCGGCAGUAUGGACGGUUCAGACGGUUCAAAUUCUUCCGCAAUUACCGUCAUUACUUCGGCAGGUUCAUCGUGUGGUGAACCUUGGAGCUCAGGAGGAUUUGUCGAGGAAGAAAUAGAAGACGGUCACGAACAUGAUGGAUCGGUCGAAGGUAGCUGGGAUGGAGAACAUGCACACGAACAUGAACACGAUCAUGAUCAAGACGUCGAUAUGUUGUUGGAGCCAAAAUUGGAGCCUCUCGAGGAAGAUUCGAUCCUUGAAUCGGUCGCUCCCCGCACAUCUUCAUCAUUACCCUCGCCUACACAGCCGAAACGACCUAGAGGCCGCCCGCGUAAAAAUCCGGUACAAAUCAUCGAACCGUCACACAAGAUUACAAAAGGAAGAUCAAAGACUGGUUGCGUAACAUGCAGGAGGAGAAAGAAGAAGUGUGACGAAGCAAAGCCUAGGUGUCUGAAUUGCGAAAAGAAUGCCGUCGUUUGUGAAGGGUAUCCAGAGAGACAAGUCUGGAAGAGUGGGAAGGAAAAGGCUGAAGAAGCCCGUCUGCGAAGAAUUAGCAUACCCAACAUUACACUUCAGCCUGUCAUUCAUGGAGUGGAAACGUCUGGCGACAAAGUCUUUUUCGAACAUUACAUCUACAGAUUGAGUCACAUUUUCACGGUCGAAGGUGCAGACAAGAACGCUUUCAAAGACCAAUUACUACCGAUGGCAGUACAACAUGCUGGUCUUAUGCAUUCAAUUCUCGCACUCUCGAGUAAACAUAUUGAUUACGACUCGGAAUAUGGACAAAAGCUACUUCAACAACACCCCGAUAUCGAUAAAAAAUCUCUAGAGGAAAGAUCUCAAUAUCAUCACUCGGAAGCCAUAAAGGAGAUUUUGAGUAUUGAUGUAAACACUCAGAUCAGAGAUGAACAUGACACGACAGUCGUCUCCGCAUGUCUUGGUCAAAUGCUUUGUCUCGUUCUUCAAACCCUCGCAGACCCUAAUCCAAGCGGACAACACCGCCUUCAUCUCAACACCUAUCAAAAUAUGAUCAAAUCAGCUCCACUCAAGGAAGGACCUUUCUCGAAUUUUAUUGAGGAAUUCUUUCAAUUUCACAUCAUUCUCGACGAGAUAAUCUCUCUACCAAACACGAUGCCAGAACGUAGCCGUUUAGGCACUGUAUCCGACGAUUGGAAUCUUCCAUCCAAUAUUAUUGAGCCUGAUGCCGUUCGUCUUCUAGGUGUCAAUGAUGGUCUCUUUCUCUACAUGUCUAAGAUAACGAAUAUUCGCAACACUAUUCGUGAAAAUAUGCAGAACCACAUCGACCCUGUGGUAAACUACAAUGCUCUUUAUAGAGCCGCUGAAAUCGAUGCAGGAAUCCGGGAUUGGACUCCUGCGUGGCCAGCUGGAGACUCUCGAGAUCUUGCGGGGUUGCUCUACAAACAAAUGAUGUGGGUUUAUUUAUGGAGAACUAUCUACCCUCCCAAGACUACAUUUUGGAAGCCUGAUCCUAGAAUUACAAAAGCUGUUGACGAUGGAAUUGCUUUGCUUGAGCAAGUACCACCUCAUGAUCCAGCUCAAACUCUUGUCCUGGCCCCAGCUUUCAUUAUCGGUUGCGCUGCUUUUGAGGAAAGACAACGAGAACCCAUCAGAAAGGCCAUCAGUAUAGUGAAAGCCUACAUGGCUUUCCGAAAUUCAGAUGCUGCCUUAAAGGUCCUUGAAGAAGUUUGGAGAUUAAUGGAUGCUCAAGAUGAGAGGAGUUGGGAUUGGCAAAGCUUGGCUCAUGAAAUGGGCAUGGAUUUUUUGGCCACUUGAAUUUUCAUCAGACUCAUCGUCCCGAUCACAAGAAUGUGAUCAAUUACUCAUCUUCAAACCGAAUUCAAAUUGGUUCACCGCAACAUCAAAACGGAGAUAUCUCCGGGCCAGGUUCUACGAAGUCUAGAAUCUGUAUGUUGUGUGACGGUAGCACCCAUAGAGACAUGGAUCGCGCAUCACAUCUAGGAUUGUCCAACAGCCUACAUUCUACGAAGGGAACUCGGCAUGGACAAAAGACAUGCAGAUGCGGGCCGAAAUUAUUCGGGUCGAUAAUUGCUUACCGCCUCAUGUCCCAUGAUUCUCGUACCUGACGUCAAGGCUAGCUUUGUCGAUCAGCACAUUAUUAUUCAUCCAGUUAUUUUAUGACGCGCGCCAUGAAUAUCUGCGAGUUUAUCCAUACGACGCAUGAAUUCAGAAAGGGAUUGAAUUGCGUCACACAAUCUUGAGGAUUACAAAUGUCACUUUUGUGACUAUCCACAUACGCCCUGAUCUACAUCGGCUAGACACAAUUCGGGAUACCACGUCGGUGAUCUCAACAAUUUUUAUUCACGAACAUAGUUUUCGUUUUCUUGUUUCUUAUUGGCCUACCAAUACAUACGUUUGGUUUUGGCACAUGUCUUUUGGAGUUUUUUUUGUCACAUCGCAUGGUAUUGCAUCGCAUCGCAUCGCAUCGCAUUAUAGUCUUGUCUUUUUCUUCAAUCGAGAUUGUUAUGUCGAUCUUGUGGGCGGUCAGAAUUUUGGCAUUUUUAGGUCUAGGAAUGAAAGAUUAAGAAAAAUCGUCUUCACUCGAACUGGAUAAAACUUUGGGUGGCUUAUAUUUAUUUUUCUGUCGUCUAUCUUGGGAAAAAAUAUUCUCCGGUCUGGUGGGAUGGUGGGAUGAAGGAUACGGAAGGAAUGGUAUGGAAUGGAAUGGUUUGGGAUGGGAUAGGAUGGAAUUGAAUUGGACCAAUUCUGGUGGAUGGGAGGGUGAAGGUUUCUUCCAUGGAUGGGUUAAUGCGGAUGCAUUUGGAUCUAUGGAUUGGAUUGGAUUGGAUCAUUGGAUGGAUUUUGGAAUUGGUUGGCGAGUUAUUAUCUAUUGGAAUUCUUGGAAUUUGAAAUUUGAUGUUUGAGUAUUUGAUAUUCUAGUCUUUGGUCUUUGGUGUCUUGCUGUCAUGAUGUUAUGAUGUUGUGUAGAGGUGGUUGAGGAAAUGGGGCGUGUGUGUGGAGAUGAAAUAAGUCGAGUGGAUGGAUUGGUGGAUGGAUGUCUAGAAAUAGAAAAGGGGAUUAGGACAUAGUUUGAUUGGAUGGAAUUGACUAGCUAUGGAUAUGGAUAUGGAUACAAACACGAAGAAACAAAUACAAUUACAAAUAUGAAGAAGCAUGGAUACAAUCAUAUGAUACUUAUUGAUGAGAGAGAUUUUUUAUAGCA